GGCUAGUCACGGUCACGUGGGCCCCUCCCGGGCUGGAAACCUGGGGAGGCAGCAACAAGUCGGGUGAGGACUGCGGCUACUGCUGGUUCAGGGGGCAGCCACCGCCGCCUCGGGACCCCAGCAACUAUGGCUUCCUGCCCAGACUCUGACAACAGCUGGGUGCUUGCCGGCUCAGAGGGCCUGCCCGUGGAGACCCUGGGCCCAGAAUCCAGCAUGGCCCCGGAACCCGAGUGGGCUUCCCAGGCCCCUCGGAGCCGCGCCGAGGCAGCCGCUGAGCAGUUGGCUGGAGCUGUGGACGGAGAAGAGGCCCCCUUCCAGAGUGAAAGCCCCCGGCGUGGCCCCAUUCUGCCAGAGAAACCCGAGGCCGAGGGUGUCCCGGAAGGUGACAGCUCCACCAUGAAGCCCCCUGGCCCGGGAGACACGGUGGUCCAGGGAGACUCGGAGGAGGCCCCUGUGGUGGCAGGCCUGGAGGACACCGAGGACCCGGAGGGCCACAGCCCCCCACGGAGCCUGCCCUCAUCUCCCGGCGCAGCCCGGCCUGCUGAAGAGACCCGCUGCUCCAGCAGUGAGGACGACGUGGACAUGGGCGUGGACGUGGAUGUGGACGUGGACGUGGAGGGGCUGCGGAGGCGGCGGGGCCAGGAGCCCAGCACCCCUCAGCCCGCGGCGGCCCUGGGUGUGGAGGGCCAGGCCCGCGGCGAGGGUGCGGGCGGGCAGCUGGGCAUCUCCUUCAACACGUGUCUCCUCGCGGCCCUGGUUCUGCUGGGCCUGGGGGUCCUCCUCUUCUCCGGUGGCCUCCCAGAGUCUGACAGCGGGCCCUCGGAGGAAGCACAACUGCAGGUCUUUCCAGACGCCGUCUUGGAUGCAGAGGAUGGGCUGGGGCAGGGGCUGCAGGCCUCAGCCUCCCCCGACAGCGUGCCCGGCCUGCAGAACAUGGCCCUCCUGCUGGACAAGCUGGCCAAGGAGAACCAGGACAUCCGGCUGCUGCAGGCCCAGCUGCAGGCCCAGAAGGAGGAGCUUCGGAGCCUGUCGCGCCAGCCCCGGGAGCUGGAAGAGGAGAACGCGCGGCUCCGGGCCGCCCUGCAGCGGGGCGAGGCCUCCCAGCAAGCCCUGGAGGCCGAGCUGCGGCGGCUGCGGGCCCGGCUGCAGGGGCUGGAGGCCGACUGUGUCCGGGGGCCCGAUGGAGUUUGCGUCGGCUGGGCCGGAGGCUCCCCGGGCAGCGGGGCUCCCCGGGAGCAGCAGGAACUAGAGGCUGAGGCCCAGGCGUGGAGGCGCGAGCUGGAGAGGCAGCGGCAGCUGCUGGGGGCUGUGCGGCAGGACCUGGAGCAGAGCUUGCGGGCCGCGGGCCGAGGGGACCUGGCCGAGCUAGGCCGCAGGCUGGCCCGGCAGCUGCAGGGCCUGGAGAAGCGGGACCGGCGCCCCGGGGCCGCUGCCAACGCCUCAGAGGCCAGGCACCCGGAGCCCCGCGUCCAGAGUCCCAGCGAGCGGAGCGGGAAGGAGGAGUGGCGGGAAGGGCAGGGGGAGCGGAACGCUGAGCCCUGGAAGCACAGGAAAGACGGGUCUGGGGGGGAGAGAGCCCUCGGGGUGGAGCUGGCCCCCGUGCGCCGCCAGGAGCUGGCCGCCCUGCUGACCGCGUACCUGGCGCGGCUGCCCUGGGCCGGGCCGCUGACCCAGGAGCUGCCGCUCUCGCCCGCGUUCUUCGGCGAGGAUGGCAUCUUCCGCCAUGACCGCCUCCGCUUCCGGGACUUCGUGGAUGCCUUGGAGGACAGCCUGGAAGAGGUGGCGGUGCGACAGACCGGUGAUGACGAUGAGGUGGAUGACUUUGAGGGCUUCAUCUUCAACCACUUCUUUGGGGAGAAGGCACCGAAGAAGAGGCCAGGGAAGAAGGACAGACACUUUCGGAGGCCGGGGAGGGGCUGAGGCCUGGUGUCCCCUAACCCCAGGGUCCGUUGAACUGUCAUCUCCGGUUCCUCAGGAGAGACGGCGGAGCCACCAGCCUUGCACUGAUGCCACUUCUGCUACAAAAAGGCUUUAGCUGGACCUGCCUUGCUGUCCAUGCAAAUCUGUGCAAAUGCUUGGGGGCCAGCGGGCGGGGGGGGAACUCGGAGGGACGGGACUCUGAUUCUGUGGCCAGAGAGCUUUUGUCCUCCAGCGCUGUGCCCCUGAGGGGCCCCUUGCCUGCUCACACUGGCCUUGCCCCCGGCACGGGCUGGCACUGGCUGGAAGCCCAGCAAGCGGGCUUUCCCUGGGGUUUUGUUACGUCUCCGGGGUGGGGUGGGGCUGAAGUCCUCUUUUUGCUUCUCCCGGGCCCCACCUCCUCGUGGGAACUGAAGACUCAGACCCAGGAAAAUGCCCGUGGCUGGGGGCUCUGUCACUGAGCUGGUGUGUAAGCACAAGGGACACCCGCCUUGUCCCCCACCUCACCCGCACCAGCUUUGGGCCCUUGGGGGCUGGAGCUCCCAGCUGCGGAGGAAUGUGGGUUUUGCAGUGUGAGGCUUGGGCUCAAGUCCCGGCUGAGAGAUCUCAGGCAGGUUAAUUCUGGGAGCCUUGGGUUUCUGAUCCUCAAACAAAUGGAUUGGGGGGCUGGGAGGGAUUAAAUAAAGCGAUGUAAGCAAAA